UUGUUUUCCCUCCCCUUCCAAAACAAUUGUCAAUGGCUGAUGAAGACUCAGUGCCUUACAUUAACAAUGCGCUCUUUGCUAGACAGGAGCCUGUUCUGAAUUCCUCAAAGUAUACUGCUGCUGAUGUUCGCAUUAUGAGUGCUGGUAUAAUGUUUCUCAUUCUUCUAUACAGAUUUUCAAUUAGUAUCAUCUCUAAAUUGAAGUGGCAUUUAACUUUUCGAAAGAAGCAUUCAGUAGUGUAUGGUGAUUAUUGUUUUCUCAGGAAGAGAGAAACAAGAGUCGCAAACUUGACCCGUAUGAUGACAAGAGAUCGAAAGAAAGAAGCAGAGAUCAAGAGAGAGAAUCAAGUCGGGACCGAGACCGAGGAAAUAGCCGUGACUGAGGCAGCAAUUAUGAUCGUAGGAGCAGAGAUUGUGACAGGUAUAGUGAUCGAGAUCGUGAUAAGGAUUAUGAGCGCUCUCGAACUUAUGAUUCUAGAAGUCACCACAGGUCAUGUUCAAGGUCUAGGGAACACUCUAGGGAUCAUGAUUGCCACAGGUGUGACCGAUACUAGAUGCAUGAAUGCUGCCCAAGAAGAAAAUGAAUACGAAACCGUUCUUGCUUAUGUAAGCCAACUUAUAUAGGGGAGUAGCAUUCCUCAGUUAUGUUAUUUGAUAGUUUGUCAUGUGGUUGUAUCAACAUGUUUAAGAGGGUAUUUGUUGUUUUUGGUUCCUAGAGACUAGGAAUUGAAUUCUAAACUUGUGGUUAAGAGCAUAAGUAAUUCUAUUACUAAACCAUAUGACUGAUGGUUAAGAGGGUGUUUGUUACUUGGUGAUGUGAGUUUGGUAUUCAUUAUCAUUGGAAAUGUAAGUUUGCUUGAUUUUACUAUUCCAAUUUCCAUGUCAGGCAAAUUUUCAGUUAAGUAUCGAAAAGGAGAAUUAAAAUAAUGAGGUUGAAUUUAU